AUGUACAUCAAGGCAUCAGAUGGGCAUAUGUUGAUUUCUAGUCCUAAAGAGUACGAGGACAGACUACAGGGUCAGGGACAAGAGGACUUACAAGAUACACGCAUCUGUGUAUUUAUUUUCGUAUGUUAUGAGAAUUCACCUUACCAACCGCCUGCCGGCCUGUUCAGAGUCUUUCUGCACGCAGGAUUCAUUCCAAGUAGAAACCGACUACAUACUCGCUGGUAUGAAUUCAUGUUUGGUGAUAUCAGGAUCUACCUGAUUUUAGAAAUCUACUCCAAGGGACAGAUGUGA